AUAUUGUCACGUUUUUAUGAAUAUUUUAUCAUUUACAUUAUUUCUCCUAUUGAAACGAAGGGUGCAAUAGUAAUGACAACAAAUCUUAUACCAUCAUCAUAAGACCACAAGAAAAAUGGUAGGUUUGUUUAUGUUCAAUGCUCGAUGUUGUUCGCACCAUCGCAACCGUUUCUCUCGUCUCUCGAAGUGAAGUUCGGCAAUCUUUCGCUCUGACUCACUAGUCUCUUUCGGAGGAAGUAUGAUCGAGAAUAAGGAAAUGAACUAGGUACUUUCGGUUUAGAAAAGCUAAUUUGAUUAAGCGUUCUUUCGUGCACUACGGACCGAUUUUUCCUUCUUUUAUUGAUUUAUUCAAAUGAAAAUAAACGAAAUUAUGUCCAGUUCUACUGUGGGUUUAGCUAGAGUUGAUAUUGAUGCAAGCUUUGCAAAAUACUGCAUUGGCUAAUAGUUGAAGCACAGACAUUUCACUGUGCUCUGAAUUUUUAAGUUUUUCUGUAUCAUGAACCUGUCAUUCAUGAAAAUAUAGCCGUUGGUAAAGCAUAAUAUACGUUGAUCAGGGAAAACAUUGGUCUAAAUAAGUGACUACUACAUAAAUAAUUAUUAUGGUGAACGUGAAGUCUGUUCUUUCAUUGUUUAUACUUAACAGGCUUUGUUUCAUGCGAAUCCAUGCCUAGUCUUGCUGCAAUUCGAUAACAUUAAAAUCGCUGAGAUGCAUAGUUUCCCAUUUUAUUGGAUUGGAUUUCAUUUUAAAACCAGCUGCACUUAGUUGAGCAUAUGAAAUAUCAAAUUGCACUCACGCCAAAUUUUGAUCGUUCGCUAAAGAGAGAUAAGCUUACUUUUUGAACCUGAAGAAAAUGGCAGCUAACGUAUUUAAUUUCCUCGGUACAUUAGGUGUUUAAGAACUUAAGACUUAAAAUAUCCCUUUAUUAAAAGUUCAGAGACGUUAUUUUGAUGCACAAUUGUGUAUGUUUCUGUUGUUACUUUGAGCUUUUAAGUUUUUCGUUAUGUUAAAUUAAAUGUUGAUUAUUUAUGAUGGAUAAAAUAUGCAAUUCAGCUUUAAAAGGGCCAAUACUAAUAUUGCUGCCUGAUUGAUUUUAAAUUUGAUUGACAAUGGAAGGGAUUAAAAGGAAUUUAUUUCAGACAGUCUUUAAGUCUCUUGUGAAUGCAUAACGAUUAAAAUUUUUGAGAGGUAACUCAGCUCAUCCAAUAAAUUUGUGGACACUGGUCCUAUCUUUUUGUCUUAAUAGUUAAACGAUGCCAUGAUCUGUGAAUACUGUGUGUUGAUCAUGUACUUUCUAUCUCAGAAUAUUUGAAUUAAAUUUCCUGAAGGCAACUUUUGAUGUUUACAUUUUGUCAGUCACAGAUCGUUGGUUUUCAUUAAAGAUAUGGGAGCAUUGUUCUGGUCCAAAUAUCUAGAAAAAUUUUAUUAAUUACUUCUGUUAUUCAAAGUAAACACCAUUAACUAGGUUGUUGCUUAUUUGCAAAAGGGUGAGGCAGACAACUCUUAAGUCCCACCAACUUUUUGAGCAAGUCUUUCUUACUUGGCAUAAAAGUGGGAGGCAAGCCCAAAAAAAAUUUGAGCAAAAUGAAGGUUUAAAUUGUAAAAUCUACUAUUCUAUUUAUAUAUAGUCUUACAGGCUCAGCUGAGUGUUACAAAGUACUUUCCAUUAUAGGGAACUACUUCUAACCACUUCUGCACUCAGACAUCUGUACAAAUAUUCUUCUCAUUAUUCUCUGUUCAUUUCCUAUUAAGAGAUUCUUUAGUUUUGUGUUGAACAACUAUUGAAAUGAACCUGUGAAUAAUUGCAGUAAUGAAUCAUAUAGGUGAAUUAAUCAUGUAUACCUGAAAACCAUUCCAAACUUCAGGAAGAAAUUGCUGUUUUUCAAAAUACAAUGUGAGGAAAUCUAAUUGUGAGUCUCAUGAGCUUUGAGUUUAGUGCUUGUAACAAUAAUAGAAAACUUGUUUGUUUAUUUUGUAAUCACUUACAGUAACUUUUGUUUUGUUUUGUGUGUUUUUCUGUAACAGUUGUAGUUCUCCAUUAGAACAAGGUGAUGGAUUGCACUGAGGAUUCUUGCCAUGACAAAUCUUUACAACCAUUCUCUUUGGAAGGCAGUGGUCUAGACAAUGAAAGAGAGCCUAUUUGUAACCAAAGAACUAGCACUCCUACCAAAAACACGUCCCUUCUUCACAGUGAAGUUUUAGUAACUACAAAUGGACAGGUAUCAAACCAAGAGGCUGUGUUGUCUCCUGUUUUAAAUUCUGGGUGUCAAUCUAACACACAGACUCAUGAUCAGGAUCAAGAGAGUUUUUCACAAGAACAAAGUUUUCAUUCCCUCAGAGAAUAUUCAACCCAGGAGAAUUCAAGAGAAGAGUCCCAGUCACUUUAUACCUCGGCAUCGUCUAAUAUAAAUGACACAGUAAUUGCAGACAGUUUCAGUGCAGAGAAAGAGAAUAUUCUGCACCUACCUAAGAAAGAAACUCUACACCAAGUGACCUUUAGUCCUGAAAAUGUUAGUAAAACUUCUGCUGAAGACAACUCCUGGGCAACUGCCCAGGGCUCAUUUCAAGAUGAUCCUGAUGUUGAGGAUGUGACUAUGAAACAAGAGCCAAGUUAUUUGUCAGAAGAAUCGUUUGAUGAAUCUGUGGAUCAUUCUUUUCAGGAGAAUGACAUUGCCAAAAGAUCUGGUGAUUUCAUGCAAGAUUUAAAUGAUUCAACACACAAAGAAAUUGCAUUUGCUUUCAUGAAUGACCAAAAUUUGCAAUAUGAAAAAAACGGUGCCAAGGAAAUUGCUGAAGGAACAAAUCAUGCAGAGGAUAUGGACUCUCCUGAUUUAGAACUUUUGAAUGAGAUCUGUGAGGAGGCCACCAAUAUGACAAUUAAAGAGGCCUUGAUAUUUUCUUUAAAUCCAGGAGUACGAGCUGGAUUAAGAGAGGGUAGAUUAUCACUAAAUGAGAGUGAAAUAUUAGCCUUGGAACAGUACUGUGAAACUUUUAUUGAUAAAUUGAUUUCAGAGCUUUUGGAUGGACAGUGGUCAGAGAGAAUUAACAGUGAAAUUCAUAAGCAGGUGCUUCUUGAUAGUAAGGUCUUAGUGGCUAAAAAACUCAGCAAUCUUGAUUUAGAAACACUGAAAUUGAACUGUGAUAGAUUUGUUCGUAGUGUCAUCACAGAGUCAUUGCAUGAUGCUAGUUUUGCAAUCCACACAAGGGACACUGAAUCAACUGAAAUUAAUGGGGGAGAAAAAAUGAGUUCACUCGAUCAAAACACCAUCCAAGAACUUCUUCCAAUUUUCAAACAAUCUACAGCCAUCCAGGAUUAUAUCGGAUUUCUUUCAGCAGACAUUGUUAAGUCAGCAUUGGCAAAGUUGUCUACUUCAGAAUCCAUAGCAACCAACAACGAUGAGAAAAAUGGUCAGUUAACAUUGAAUAACAAUAGCACAUCACACAUCAGAACAAGUGAACAGGAAGCAGGUGAUUCUUCUGAAUGUGAAGAAGCAUUAUUUGAUGAAAAAGCAAAGACUGACUUGAGGAAAUCUCAGGGGAAGUAUACAAACAGUGGAGAUCAAGGUGAUAAAACAAGAACUGAUAUUGCACCAAUAGGCAUUGAUGAUGAUUAUGAGCUACACUAUGAGGGAGAAAGAGAGGAGCUUUCAGACAAUGAGCAGAUUUUUUCUAGCAGUGUAGGUGGUGCUUUAGAGACAUCACUGGAGUUUGAUCCAGAUGGUGGUAUGUGGGACGAAGGGGAAAUGUUCACAAACUUGAAUUCAUUGGAUGCAGGUGUGUUCAAUUUUUAUUGAGUAAAAGCUAUUUUUAAACAAGUUCAUACAGCAUGUUAGUUUAUGCAGGAUGCAAAUUAAAUAAAUGUAAAACAUUUGACUGGGUUUGUGUUUUCCAUUAAUCACAAAUUGCAAAAUGGACCCAUGGGAUUUUAAUGAGCACUAAGUACCCAGAGGUGUAAGAAGGGUGAAUUUGUUUAAAACUUAUAGGAAAAAUUAUUGCUGCGGAUUUUAAAGACUUUUUUAAUUAACUGAGAAUGGUCUUUAUAAUUUUGAAAUAAUAUGCUACUUCUGCUCUGAGAUAUUUGAGUUUUUUUAUUAUGCAAAUGAGGAAACUGAUGGUAUCAUAAAUAGAUGUUGACUAGGGUAGUAAAUUACAAAAUCUGCUAUGUUUACAAGCAAUGGUCUCCCAACUUGGCAUCACAACUUUACAAUAGAAGAUACACACCACAGAACCAUUUGCACUCCUACUGAAAAACAUGUCACUUCCUCACAACAAAGUUUAAGUAAUAACAAAUGGACAGGUAUCAAACUAAGAGGCUGUGUUGUCUCCUGUUUAAAAUUCUGUUUUAGAACCAAUAGUAUUACCAUGAUUAUAUCAGAACAUGAACCAUCUUGUAUCUUUAAUGGAGGUCACUCUUUGAGUAAAGUGUAAAAAAAAAAGUCAUGUUAAUUUUCAGAGAGAAAACAGAAAAUAAUGCUUAAAGAAUUAUCAUUUGAUGAGCAUGCUGAUGUUGCUGGAACAGAAGUGUUGGCACCUGUCUUCCUUGCAAUUGCAGAGGAGAAUGAUGACGAUAGUGAAUUUCAAGGAAUGAGAAAGAAAGCCCAGUCAAUUGAGAACUUGUGCACUGUCAUCAACGAAAAUGGUAAAUUAAUUGUUUUUGUUCAUUACUGUAAAUGCCCCAAUCAAUAAUGAUAUAUUCAUUUUUGACUCAGUAAAAUGCUAGAUCUCAAAUUUUAAUCACCAGUAGUCAGUAUGUAAUGAUUAUAAUUAUGAAAUUAUUUGAAUAUAUAUCCUUUAUUAGUAUCAUUUUGUUGGACAUUGUGGUGCACGUUUGGGGCUAAAAUGGAGAUUUUACAUUUUAGCCACUUGCAUGCUGGCAUGAUUGCUCAUACUGUUUUGUUGUCAUCUUUUUUCAGUUUUUAUUUUCUAAAUGCCCUCCAUAGGGAUAGUAAUAGUAAUAGAAUUUAUGUUCUUGGGCAGGAAUAUGUUUCAGGCCUUUCUCAAAGUCAUUUCAACCCUCACCAAGUGUCCUAGGCUAAAAUGACACUGAGUCUGGCCCAAGACAUAUGUCAGUUAACAUAAGUUCUAUUGUUUUAUUGUUUUUAAUUUAUUGUGUGUCUGAUAAACUACAGAAAAGGGCAAUAUAUACAGAAUUGUCACAUAAAAUUUUCACAUUUUAUUAAGAAGCAUAUAUUGAAAUGCAGUCAGUUAUAAGAAGCUCUGAUAAAUUAAUUUUUUAUCAUUAUUAAUUGUAGAUAAACAUUUUUCAGACAGUCAAAGGCAAAGAAGUUAUUCAGCUCCAAAGAAAAUCACCUAUCUUUUCCAAACUGACAUCAGAACUGAAGAGGAAAACAGUGAUAAUGCUGAAGACAGUGAAACUGAAGUUGAGGAACAAGAGUAUGAGGGAGAUGAAAGUGAGACUGAAAAUGCUGAUGAGCAAGAUGAUGAUGAGACAAGGGUGGAAGAAGGUAUUCCCUCAAAAGCUCAGCUAGAAGCUGACUCUUCAGAUGAGAACAGGUUCCGUUGGCAUACUGUUAGCAUACAUGGCAGGGACAAGGUACUUGAUUUGAAGCUCCUGGAGCCAUACAUGAAAGUCAUCUCUCAUGGAGGUAUUUUCAUUUAUCUAGUUGUAUAUUUAUAUUAUUAUAUUUACAGAUGUAACAUAAUAAUUAUGACUUAGAUCUGUGCUCUUGAUUGAAAUGUGUGGUCAAAUUGGCUGGGAGUAAUUGUAGGAAUAUUUUUGAGCUGGUAAGAGAGGCCCAACUUUUCAUCUUGGGUAGACGGCGAUGUGAGACGAAAAUAUGAUUGGACCUGUCUGUGUUUGUUGUUAAUUAUGUUGUGCUAAUGGCUUGGUUUAUAAGUGGUUAUACUUAAUGUCUAGACAGGUUACUUAAGUAGGUGCUGUUUACUUGAGUCUCAAGGCAUCAUUUCCACAAUCUAUUGGUUAGAUCAAGUGUGUUUAUGUUGCAUGGCAGAGAUGGCCAGAAAGGGACCAUUGAAAUUAUAAUUAUAUACUCUUCUGAUUCAUGAUUAUAUUAUGCUUUCCACACCUGGUUGGGGUUUUAUGGAAACCAUAAACUACAGGUUACCACAGAUGUGCAGCUGAAGCACGGUCUUGAAUUAAUAUUCUAGGCUUGAAAAUCUUGAUUUGGGAACCAGGGAACUAAUUAAAUUGGCUGUAAGUGCACACUGACCUAGUGCACUUACUGUCUAGCUUUACUGUUCUGAUACUCUUCCUAUGUGUACUAACUAAAUUUUCAUUUGCCUUACUAAAUUAAAAAAAUAAUAAAUUAAAAAAAAAGCAAAUGGUUUUUUUUCUGAAAUUUCAGGUUAUUUCAGUGAUACUAAGUCAACCAUUGUUGUGAUUGCUGCCUGUUAUCUACCUGAGAAGACUAUUAAGAACUAUGAUUUUCUAAUGGAGCAGCUUUUCUUGUAAGUUCUCUGUCAAAAGACAUUAAGAGGAUGUUAACAGUCCUUCUUUCUUGCUUAUUCCUCUUCCCGUGACUGACUGAUAACUAGUAAUUUUUUGCUUGGGGUUGUAUUUUUUCCAGUACUGGUAAUCCUUUUUCUCACUUCUGUAGUCUUUGCUUAUUCCUCUUUCACCCACCAUGAAUAAAGGGGGUUAAGUAUCUAAAGAAACUGUGGUGCUGCAUCAGACAUUUUGAGUGUAAGGCCUUUGUCAAUUGCUCUGACAGAGGGCUAAUGCUCCAAAUGUCAGCUUUAGAAACUCUUGAAGGUGAGCGAUGUACAUCAUGAUCAACUCAGUUGCUAAAACUAAAUUAUCUUGUAUCACCCACAUGUUCUAGUGCUGUAUCCAGCCUCUCCUCUUGGUGACAACACUCUCCAUCGUCAGCCCUACGCUCUGGCUCUUUUUUUUUUAAAUCAUAUUCCUUGUAGGCCUUAUCAUGUACUGCAGCUUCUCUCUUUCCUUAAGUCAACAAUUUUGAUUGUUUAAACUUUGAUAAGUGGUGUAAGAGGAGAGAUCAAAAGUUGACAGUUUUCAGAAUUUCAUUUGGGUCCUGACUCAGAAUGUAUUCAGAGACUGUUAAAACUGGUACUGACAUUGAGGUUAAAUAGGUAAAAGUAAUGUAAGUCUCUGCUAUAACACUUUCUUGUUUCUUUUUAAUUUCUCUAUUUUUUUCUUGUUUAUUACUGUUAUUUAGUUAUGUCAUUAGCACUUUGGAACUUCUGGCAAUCCAUGAGGAUUACUAUCUGGUGUACUUGAACGGUGGAACAAGACAGCAAAACAUGCCAUCUGUAACAUGGAUGAAAAGAUUCUACCAAUAUAUUGAAGGAGGGUAGGAAACUAUAAUUUUUUUCCUGGUAAUUAGUGGGCAAAAAUUGAGGAUCAAAAGAUAUUAUUACAUCAUCUUCAUACUUCCAAAGGAUGGAAGAAGGCAUUACUCCAACAAACAUGUCACAAACUUAUUCAUAUCAUUGAUACAAUUAGGCUCACUAAUGGCCCUUGAAAUGGUGAUCUUAAAAUAUGACUCUUUUUUUUUUAUUCUCAAUUUAGCCUGAAAAAGAUGAAAGAAAUGUUCAUUGUGCAUCCCAGUUUUCGACUCAAAGCAGUUAUUACACUUGCCAAACCACUCAUCAAGUAAGAUAUGAUUGAAAUGGUGUGUAAUGUAUUUUUACUAUUGGAGUACAUUUAUAGUGUAAAGAAGGCAGAUACAUGGCAGAUACAUCAAAUCAUGUGUCGAAAAUGUUACUUACUGCUUCUGUAAUUUAGAAUGUCUGUGAAUUGCCUCUUUUUCUUGCAACUUUUUUCAGUGCCAAUUUUUGGAGGAAACUCAGUUUCAUUAGCACACUUAGUACUCUUUCAAGCCUUGUUCCAGUAGAUUACAUUUACAUCCCUGAUGAAGUGAUGAGGUAUGUGGCUGCUUUGUCAAGUUCAGAGUAAACAAUAUGUUAACAGUGAAAACAAGCAAUCCAUAGUGCAACACCUUGCAACCAACAAUCAAUCUAGUUAUAGAGGGAACUGUAACCUUUGACAAUCCUCUUUAGGUAAUUUCCGUCAAUUUCUGCACAUGCAUUUGAUAGCUUAGUGGUAUCAAACCAGUGCAGGGUUGAUUGUGCUGUGGUCUGAAAAUCUUCAUAUUCAAUUAUUUUGUGAAAAAGAUAAUGACAUAAAAAAGUACUCAGUGAAAUUGCCCGAUGAGUCAAUCCUUACAGUAAUAAUAUUGUUGUCAUUAUUCUCAAUACUAGAAUAUAAAAACUCAUGGACUUUUAAUCAUCUCUCGCUGCCAAACCUAAAGUAAGGUGCACCCUGAAUCUCCUCUUUGGCUCCUUCCCUAUACAUACCCAGCUUACUAUUAGAAUGUUAUUCAACUUAAUAACUGUCAUGAUUUGAUUUUCUCCUUACUCUAGAGUUGACCCAACUUACAGACAAGUGCACAAUAAGUGAAAGCAUUCAACUCUUGGGAAAUUACUCUGGGAUUUAUUAAAUGAAAGGAUUUUUGAGACAUAAAUACAUUUAGUUAGUGUACUAACCUUGUAAUAAAAUUAUGACAUACCUUCACUUAGCUUAACUAAUUGUUGGUGAAUCUGAUAUUAAGAUUCUUAUUUUGAAGCUUCUUGUUAGCUUACUGAGGCAGGUCAACCUACCAUUGUUUAAUUAACCCUUUAAAUCCCAAGAUCUGAUUGUCAAUUUUCCCCUUCAGCUCCCUCAUGAUAACUGAAUUUGAACUUUUUUCAUUACCUGUUUGUUGGAUAAUGUGUGGAAAUUAAAACAAGAAAUUACAUCUUAAUCACUUAUGGGAGGUAAAGGGUUAAGUGACUGAAUUUUGAUAUAAGAGGCAAAUACAGAUGGUUUUGUUUGUACUCCUUAUCAUUUGUUAGUAUGAGCCUUGUUUGUAUUUUUGUUUGCAAAAAAGGUCGAUAGUGCAGUGCUGGCAACACAAGCCAUACUAGAAUAGUGGUUGUCAUAUUCUGUGUAUCCCAGGGGCUAAAAGCUAUUCUGGUACCUAAUUUAGUUUUCAAUUUUGCCAAAUAUUCCUUUAGCCAUACUGGCAAAAAUAAUGAUCAAUCCAUUGGAAAUUACAUUUAGUUAUUAAAACCUUAUUUAUAUUUUUAAUAUAUUUUAAAUCACCUUUACUGGUAGUUUUCUAUGUUUAUUUGCAUGGAAAAAUACAAGUUGGUUAAAGUAGGGUUUUUAUGCUUGCCUACACAAAACCUAGGACUGUAAAAGGGAGUUUUUCUGAUCCACUUCUAUAUAAAAGGUCCAAUACAAUCAAGAUGAGAAAUUGUGAAUGGUUUUGAAAAAAAAAUGAAAAAAUUUUAUCUGAUUUGUACAUCUUGGUUUCAGAAAUUGGAGAAAAUCUUUUUGAUUACUUCACAGUAGAGGGUUUUCUUUACCACUGGGGCUUGUGUACAUUUACAACUGUAAAAUAAAUCAGAUAGUCUGAGAAAUAAUGCAGGAGUUAACGUAGUGCAUUUUGAGGCAGAUGUAUUAGCACAGAAAGUGUUCUCAGUACAAAUGUUCAAUAUUUCUGCCAUGGAAUCAGAGUAAAAUAGAUAUGCUGUACAAGCAGUUUCUGUGUAACUGACAGUUACAGUUAAUGUAGCAGUUAUUAAGAUCAGAAAAAAUUUCUUUUCAGUUACAUUUGAGAAAACAUGUUUAACCCAUUGUAAAAUUUUUUUCUUGCUACAAGUGUGGGCUAGCUCAUUGUUGAAUCUGUACUUGAUUUUUUAUUACAACACAGGAAAUAAUUUUUGCAGUUAGGUAUCAGCUACUGAAGGUGUUGUAGAUCUUGUUGUGGUUGCUGUGCCAAACUUUAUAUUUGGGUUUGUUCUUUUGAGAAACAUGAAAUAUUCAAUCACAACUUUGAUAUAUUAUGGUGGAGUUUUUGUAACAUAUUUAUCUCAUUUUAGUUCGUAAUUUGCACAAAUAUUAAUGUUUGUCAUUGAGAAUAAUUUACUCAGCACCUGGACAUAUACGUAUAAUUGUUCAAUCCUGUGCGCCACUAACAGUAGUGUUAUAACCCUUAAAAAUACUUCAGCUGUAAGAAUGCAGCAAAGUUUUUGUUGGUCGCUUUAAAUUUAUUGAUUACUAGUACAAAGUCAAAAAUCUGGACUGCUUCUUUAUGUCUGAGGGUGGGGAUUUUCCACAAUCAAUAAAGUUACCUAAACUAAGAAAAUGUGUGGAAAAUCUGUUUUUCUUGAAACUGAAAUAAAUUUACAUUUCAUUGUUAAUUUCAAUUACAAUGAUAAACAAAAUGCCCUUUUCAUUUAAUUAGUACCUAAAAUAUUCCAGUUUUUUAAAUUCAUUUGAUGCAUGCAUGCUCAGUUAAAAACAAUAAAUGAAAACAAGAAAGGCUUUGGAGAAUACCACAGGUACACACGUGGGAAGAUAGCUCAACUGUGAUUGAAAGAUACAAGACUCAGUCAUCCUUUACAACUCUUACCUUUACUCAAACUGAGGUAUGAUUAGCUGAGCUGUUGAAUUUUAACAAAAUCAUUCCAUGACCUUUGUUUUUUUUUUUCUGAAUUGUUUUUCUUCUGACACUUCUUUCACCCUACAUGUCAUCAG